AUGUUGCGCGCCACCGCGCUUCUCGGGCUAAUCUCCGGCGCGUCUGCUGGGGCCGUCGAGCUCACGGGUUCCAACUUCGACGACCUGGUCACCAAAUCCGGAAAGAACGCCUUUGUCAAGUGGCAUUGUAAGUCGAUGAAACCGGCUUGGGACCAGCUCGGCGACGAGUACUCCUCCUCAAGCUCGGUUGUCAUCGGCGACGCGGACUGCACCGCCUCCGCCAAGGACCUGUGCGAGACGUACGAGUACUUCACGGCCGAGGCGCCCAAGGGCACCGACUACAGCGGCGGCCGCGACUUCGACUCCCUCAAGAAGUUUGUUGAGGACGAGCUCGAGGUCAAGUGCCUCAUCGACAACGACGAGGCGCGCGGCUGCUCCGACAAGGAGAAGGACUUCAUGUCCAAGUGGAAGGCCAAGGACAAGUCCGAGGUGGCUGCGCAGCUCGAGCGACUCAACAAGAUGAAGUGGGUCGUGCAGCGCUCCAACAUCCUCAAGCAGCUCUAG